UUUUUUUUUUUUUUUUGUUGUGACUUUUUUUUUGUUUUCUUUUUUUUCCUUUUAAUCGUAGAGGUGAGAACAUAAAAGCAGGAUUUCUGCUGAUCUUUUCCCGACCUUAUGGGAUGAUGGAAAUGCCAAUACCAGAAACGGACGAGUUUAUCAGUCGUGAUAUCCAACGCAUUGCACAUGAAGGCCUUAAGGAAUGGGAGGAUGCUAGAGAUAACGGAUACACUUUUGAUAUCCUUUCGGUUGCAAAAUCUUUCACGGAUGAGAUGUUUACGAUGAUGAAUCAACUCAUUCCCAUGAACCCAGAUCUGCACAAGAAAGAAGAAGGAGAAGACAUAUCUUCUCAAAUGCACAAGUUACAUUUACACGACAACCAGACAACCAUGCUUGGUGUGGCCGGACCAGCAGCUGUAGCCUUUAACGGUGGAGAGAUUAAUAAGGACAACUGAUUCAAGGACUCUCCCAAGUUGACCAUAUAUAUAUAUGGUUGCUCUACCGUAUGUUCUGUGUACUGUGAAAUUAAAUUGGCGUAUUUGCUUAUUAUAACACAUAAAUAAUUAAGGUUCUUUUGAAUGAGAGUAUUAUGUCCGUGAAAGACACUUUUUGUAUUAGUGAAUCACACAUAUGGGGGACAACAUAAAAUAUUUUCAGGUUCCAAAUUUAGUUACGGAAAGGCAUU